AAAAAAAGGGUAAAAAAACAAUAUAUUCUCUCGAAUUCAUGAAUGAAGAAGCACCGGCCAUGUGUUUAUUCAGUGAACAUUAGAUGAGAAGAUCUUACAGAAUUUUCUUAGGAAGAAUAAACACACAAACACUGUACUAGGUACUCUACUAAGUAGUAAUCAAACUCUUUUUUUUUGUAACACUUGGUAAUAAUUAAACUCUAAUAAUAUUUUUUAAAUUGAUCUCUAGACAUACACAAGCAUAAUUCAUCUUGAAUAUAAUGUACCUGAUCUCCCUUCUAUAUAUAUCCUAUAUUACAUAAGCCAAAAGUGUUAUUACAAGACACAAAAAGAAGAAAGCAUUUCUCCUUUUUUUCUUCCUAAAAGCAGACCCAGCUUCUUGAGGUUGUUGCAAGUGAAGAUGUUGAAAUCAAAGUCAUGCAGAGAAGAGAUGAGAAGCAGCAGUAUAGCCUACAAGUACCAUUGCUUAACGAAUGGUGGAACACCAGAAGCAGUGGCAGCACCAAGCCCAGCAAACCAACAGCUUCCAGUGAUGUUGAGAUCUUAUAGCACGUCAACUUAUAGUCCACACAAGAAUCCAACAACAGUUAGAGACAAUCCCAACAGUAAAUCGAAUAAUAAGGUGAAGAAAGGGUUAAAGGAGGCAGAGAUUCAGAGGAAGAAGAGAGUGGCUGCUUAUAACGUGUAUGGUCUUGAAGGGAAAGUGAAGGGAUCUAUUAGAAAGAACUUCAAGUGGUUCAAGGAGACUUGUUCAAAUGCUGUCAACGGUUUGUGGUGAUCUGAUAGAGAGAUAUUCAGCAAAAGGGAAGAGUAGUAAUCAACGUACGAUAUCUGAUUGUAUUAAGAGUGAUUUUAGGAGUUUAUCUUGAUAAUAAGAGCUGUAGACACAAGCAAGCAAGUGUUGUAUCUGAUUGUUCUGUUUGUAAACUAAAGGAUAAGUACAUAAUAAAACUGUUGUCUUUUCUUUAUAUCGGUUUUUAACUCUUGUCAUGAUCCUACAACAAAAUCUUCUCAGUCUCUUCUCUUGCUUCUUGUAUCUUUCAGAUUCCACUUUUAGCAAACUCAAUAUUAUGAUCGCUGGUAACAACAAGAGGUUCAGGCUGGCUGAUACAAGUUAUGAUGAAUUU